CGGCUCUUGAACCUCAUGCACCUGAUUUCCAUCUGGCGGCGGCCUUUCUCCUCCGGCCUCUCCCUCCCUCUUCUUGACCCUGAUAAACCUUCUCACCCGUGUGCUCCCUUCUGGUUGGAGAUUGCAAAGUUCACUUUAGCUCCAGUUGCGAUGGAGGACAGUGACCAUGAGGCGCACUCAUCAGACGAGCAUAACUCCUGCCCUGCCUCCCCUAAACACAGCAUACCAGACCAUGACCCUGAACAGCAUUCGGACCAUUCAGACGACUCCGAGGUGGAGAGUUUUAUGCAAGACCCUCACCACCAAGGAGAGCACGACCACCACGACCACCAUGACCACAAGCACCACCUCCAUCACGACCACGAGCCUCACGAUGCAGGCAGGGAGGCUGAGGGCGAAGACCGCCCCCACACCCCGUCAUAUUUGCGUCCCCCUGUGGCGGGCAGGGCUCAGUCGGAUUGUGGUUUAGAGCCCUGUUUCCCAAAGAGCAAAAGUGUGGAGUUUGACUUGCCGUGUCCCGUCAGCCCCCCCAGACCCAAGAGUCCCUGGGCUCGAUACGACCCGUACGACAGUAAUAAGGACCAGGACAAGGAAUACGUGGGCUUUGCGACGCUGCCAAACCAGGUGCACCGUAAGUCAGUAAAGAAGGGAUUCGACUUCACGCUCAUGGUGGCAGGGGAGUCUGGCCUGGGAAAGUCCACCCUGGUCAACAGUCUCUUUCUCACAGAUCUUUACAAAGAUAGGAAGCUGCUCAAUGCUGAAGAGCGAAUAACACAAACAGUAGAAAUCACCAAACACACAGUGGAUAUAGAAGAGAAAGGUGUCAAACUGAAGCUCACCAUCGUCGACACCCCCGGGUUUGGGGAUGCUGUAAACAACACUGAAUGCUGGAAGUCUGUGGCGGACUACAUCGACCAGCAGUUUGAGCAGUACUUCAGGGACGAGAGUGGCCUCAACCGGAAGAACAUCCAGGACAACCGCGUACACUGCUGCCUCUACUUUAUCUCACCCUUCGGUCAUGGCCUCAGGCCUUUGGAUGUGGAGUUUAUGAAAGCUCUACAUGAGAAAGUUAACAUCGUCCCCAUCCUGGCAAAAGCAGACACACUCACCCCUAAUGAGGUCAAGAAAAAGAAAAUCAAGAUCCGAGAGGAGAUCGAGCAGUACGGCAUCAAGAUCUACCAGUUCCCCGACUGUGACUCUGACGAGGACGAGGACUUCAAGCAGCAGGACCAUCAGCUGAAGGAAAGCAUCCCCUUCGCAGUGAUCGGCAGCAACACAGUGGUGGAGGCCAAAGGGAAGAGGGUGCGAGGCCGACUCUAUCCCUGGGGCAUCGUAGAGGUGGAGAACUCGGCCCACUGUGACUUUGUGAAGCUGAGGAAUAUGCUCGUCCGUACGCACAUGCAGGAUCUGAAGGACGUGACCCGGGAGACUCACUACGAAAACUACAGAGCUCACUGCAUCCAGAGCAUGACCCGCAUGGUGGUCAAGGAGCGCAACCGCAAUGGAACAGAAAUGAACAGGAGAACUGAGCAGACAUUUCAACAGCGUAAACUCACCAGAGAGAGCGGCACGGACUUCCCCAUCCCCACGGUGCCCGGAGUGGACGAUGAGACAGAAAAGCUCAUCCGAGAGAAAGACGAGGAGUUGCGGCAGAUGCAGGAGAUGCUGGAGAAGAUCCAGGAUCAGAUUCAAACUCAGAAAGACGGCUAUUAACACAGGACAGUGUCUCUCUGUAACUGGGAUGAAAAGAUUUAAGAAACACAGGAUACCGUUUGUCCCUUUUGUCCCUUUUCAAGAACAUUGACUUCCCUCUCUGUCCACCCACCUCCACCUCGUCAGCAGCAACCUUCUCUCGGAUCAGGCACCUGCGAGGAGGCGGUGCGAUGUUCUCACGUCUGCAGCUUCCUUUAUCCUCUCUGACUUUACCACUGCUGCAAAACACUCCACCCUCUUCUGUUCUGUCAAACAUUAUAAUUUAAUGAUAAGGAUGGUUGAAGAGCAGCGUAUGCUGCGAUCUGAUUUUCCAAACAUCUGAUUUGUUAGCCACAUGAUCACAGGGUUGUUUUAUUUUCCUUUUUUUUACAUGAAGUCUGAUAUGAGGUUUACAUGUGGGGACCUGCUCAGAUUUUAAAGCACAUAUUUCUGGUGCAAGUGUUUAUUUCUAUUAUCUAUAGGUCAACAUGCAUACUAUUUAAUUUUCUAUAUAAAACUCAUAAAGAUUUUUGUUCCUAGUUUUAUUUGGACUGCCUGAUAGUACGUAUGGUUGAUUGUUUUAUGUUCAUUUCCCUUCAGCUGAGGUUCCUGAUUAUUCGUUUGGUUUAUGGAUUGUUAAGAUUCAUUUUGAUUUAGUGUAAGUGUCUGCAUGUUUAUCAUUGGUGCCACCUCUGCUGCCUGACAUCAUGGAUGCUCAACAAUGGCCAGUCUUAACGCACUGCAACGCUAACUUAUUGCCAUAUCAACGUUCAAAUAAUCUCACUUUUUACAUGAUAAAUGAGUCCUUUAUUGUUUGGAGAAUUCCCCCAAAACAGAGUUGUUUCAAAGUGAUUUUCUCUCCUGAUAAAACCACCAACUGUUCACAUGUGAGAGCUGAUGAUAGGACUUUGAAUAUUAGGCUUGCAUGAGAAGGGCCAUGCAGUGUAUUUAUUUUUGCAUGUGUGUGAAGGUUUCUUUGAUUGCAGAUCAAUUUAGUGAUCAUAAGGUUAUUUAUGGGCAAUGAAAAAUAUGUAGCUACUUAGUUGUUGGGGAAAAGAUAUUGAAAAGAGGUGGAUUUGUUUUCUUCCGUUUGGUAUAAUUUUGUCCUUAAGGGAACUCAUGAGUUGUGUGCUAACCUUAAUGUUUAUCGUAUAACCAAAGCCACAAUGACCAACUUCAUUUUCCAACAUUUUUGAUUUUUGUUUUGUGUUGACAUGAAGAAUAGGACUUAUCAAAGCCAAGAGUAAUGAACACAUGUAUUGGAUGAACUUGAUUCUCUUGUUAUAUAUACUGUUGUUACCCCUUUUUUGGAAAUAAGAUAACUCCGCCAUGUUGCGUGACCUUGUUAUGUAAAAAAAGAAUUACAUUCCUCGAAUUCUGUCCCAGAGUCAGGUAUUGCUAUUGUUUCUGAAUUUGUUUUAUAUUAAAUUUGUCUUUUGUUAUCCUACUUUUUGGAGUAUAUUUAUGUAAUAAAAUUAUAAAUGAAAUGAGGAUGGAGAAGACAAUAUGUACAAAUUCUAAUAUUGUAAUAAAAUAUGAAUAUAAUUUCAUGUCUCCAUCUGACAUUGGGUUUUGCUUUUAUGUUGUGAAGAUGUAAGCAGAAGUGAAUGAUGUGGCUUGAUUUGAAUAAAUAAUUUAACCUGUAA